AUGAAAGAGGACGAGAUAGGAGAGAUACCUGUAGUUAAAGAGUUUGUUGAUGUGUUCCCAUAUGAGAUUCCAGAGAUGCCACCUAUGAGAGAGUUAGACUUCAAGAUUGACUUAUUUCCGGGAACAGGACCCAUUUCAAAGGCACCUUAUAGGAUGGCACCUGCCGAGUUACAAGAGUUGAAGGUACAACUUGAGUAUAUGUUGGAUAAAGGAUAUAUAAGACCAAGUGUAUCACCCUUGGGAGCCCCAGUAUUAUUUAUUAGGAAGAAAGAUGGAACAUUGAGACUAUGUUAUCAUCAAUUACGAAUUGCAGAAGAGGAUAUAGCCAAAACAGCUUGUCGAACGAGAAAAAGUAGCAUUUUUGGGAAUGUAAUUACAAAAGAUGGAGUAAUGGUAGAUCCCUCGAAGGUUCAAGCAGUAAUGAACUGGCCUACAACUACUAAUGUGACAGAAUAUUGUGAAGGUAAGGCAAACAAGGUAGCUGAUGCUCUGAGUAGGAAGUCAAGUCAUACAAUGAAUGCAUUAAUUUUAGCAGAUGAGUUGUGUGAAGAGAUUCAUAGGAUGAACUUAGAAUUGGUAGAAUAUGGAUAUGUGGGUACUCAAUUGAAUGGAAUGACGAUUGAAUCCGAUAUUUUUGAGGAAAUUAGUUAUAAAGGAAGAUGGUGCAUACCGCAUGACGAGGAGCUUAAGACUAAGAUUAUGACCGAAGCUCAUAAUUCCCCAUACUCAAUACAUCCUGGUGGUGAUAAGAUGACAUUGUAUCGGAUAGAGAUUCGAGAUUUCAAUCCAAAUUUUGGAAGAUGCUAUAAGAAGCAGUGGGCACGAUACUAA